ACCGGCUAAACACAAUGAGAGCGGCCAUCUUUACCAACAGCAACAACUGUUACUUCAGUGAAGAAAGAGAAUACAUAUUCUGCCGGAAUUCUAUUGUAUUCUAGAUGUGUCAUUCAAGGGAACACGUAUAAUUUAGAAGACAAGAAACGAGGCACCAUGACCUAGUGAUCUUCAUCAGGAGCACUGCAGCACAAAGCGUCCUUCUCCUUCGACAGGCUGCAGUCCAAGAUUCCCGCCAGUCGUCUAUACCGCUGUGGUAGUUUCCAGGGAGAGACCCUUGCCUCUUCCCCCAAAGAGAUAUGGAGCCCCAUGAGAGUCUGGGAGUGGAGGGCGACUCAGUCAUGAUGGGGGUGCUGGUGCCGAGCCCACGGAGCGAAGCGGUGACCCAUGACCUGGAGGAACUGUCUCUCCAGUACACUCAGAGCCUUCCCCCCAUCAAAGAGCGCAAGAACGUGCUACAGUUAAGACUACAGCAGAGGCGCACACGCGAGCAGCUCGUAGACCAGGGCAUCAUGCCACCGCUGAAGACACCUGCAGUUUUUCAUGAGCAGGUCAGAAGUUUGGAGAGGGCAAGGACUGAGAAUUUCCUGAAACAUAAAAUCCGUAGCAGACCUGAGCGUGCUGAACUUGUCCGCAUGCACAUUUUACAAGAAACCCAUGCAGAGCCUUCUUUGCAAGCCACUCAGAUGAAGCUGAAGAGGGCACGUCUAGCGGAUGACCUCAAUGAGAAGAUUGCACAGCGGCCGGGACCAAUGGAACUGGUGGUGAAGAACAUCCUGCCUGUUGACAUUGUUGCUGAACUGGAUGUUUAUAACUUCAAUGAGGACAGCAGUGAAGCUCUGUCUCCAGAACAGCCAGCUAGUCAUGAGUCUCUGGGCUCUGUAUCUUCUCCUAUAGAAGCCAGACUACCUGAUCCAUCCGUUGUAUCUCCUCCGAUCGGCUCCAAACUCCAGUGUCCACCUACAACCCAGUGCUCAGACUUCCUGAGCAAAACAUCUGUAGAAGAUGGUCGAGUAAGGACUGCCACUCAGCUAGUCUCUGCUGCUGCUCCCACAAAGCCAGGACCCACCCUUGUGAAGCAAAGCCAGCCCAAACAGUCCAGUGACAAGAGUCGAAGCAAGAAGAGCAAAGAACCCAAACCGCGGAUUAAGAAGCUUAAGUAUCACCAGUACAUCCCGCCCGACCAGAAGCAGGAACCCAAUGAAGCCCCGAUGGACUGUGCAUAUGCCAGGCUUCUUCAACAACAGCAGCAGUUCCUGCAGCUCCAGAUUAUCAGCCAACAGCAACAGCAUUACAAUUACCAGGCCAUAUUACCAGCACCACUCAAGCCAGUAGCUGAGAGUCAGAACAGCUGCCCCAACAUCACCCUGAGCACCAGCCCAAGUCUUCCCUCUCCCAUCAUGGUGUCUCUGCCGAGUAUGGCUUCUUCACGUCCCAACAACACCUCGACCAGUCGUAAAACCGGGUCUCUGCCUGCCAACCUAGAUGAGAUGAAGGUGGCUGAGCUUAAGAUAGAGUUGAAAUUGCGUGGACUUCCUGUGUCCGGCACAAAGACGGACCUCUUAGAAAGGCUUAAGUCCCACCAGGAGAGCUCUCAGUCUACCACAACCAUAGAUUCAAACAUCUCCAAAACUGCUUUGCAUCCCGAAAACAUGAGCACAACUCCACCUGUGUCUCCUGAGAGGUCCGAGGCCUCCAACACCAGUAUGGAGGACAGCAGAGACAGUUUCACCAAACCUCUGUGCAAUUUGUCUCCAGCCCACCCGCCGACAGGCACCUCACCCCUCAAACCCACACCUGAAGACAUGACCAUGGAAAUCAAGGUGUCCGAAAAAGACCAACGCCUCCACGAGAAGGAGCGUCAGAUUGAGGAGCUGAUGCGUAAGCUGGAGCAAGAGCAGCGGCUGGUGGAGGAGUUGAAGAUGCAGCUGGAGGUGGAGAAAAGGAGUCAGCAGGGUGGAGGGCAGCAGCCUGAGCCCAAUCCAUCAGUCCAGGUCAAAGAGGAGAACAGCGCCGCCCCUAGCUGUAACUCCAAGUGGAGUCCCCUGCCACAAACUACAGGUGUGAAACAGGAAGAGCCUCAUGCCCAGAUGCACCACACCCCAGUCCAGCAGUUCUACAUCAACACCCAGCAAGUCCCUCAAGUGCUGCAUCAGCAGACACUGAUCAACACUCAGCCUGCCACACAAAUCCUGUUGCCCAUCAGCCUGCCCAGCAACUCCAUCACCACACAGGCACAGACCGUUCAAAACAUCAUACAAACGCCACUUCUGCAAACACAGGCGUCCAAUAAUACGCAUUCAAAUCAGACACCAUCUCCACCUCAGGCUUUACCCCUGUGUGGAAGCUCACCUUCUGGGUUUGAGUACAGGCAGAACCAGAACCAGCCAAUGGCAGACCUGCCCCAGUGCUUCCUCAACAACUCACCUAGAGUCUCGCCCAGACACACAACCCCAAACGGACCCAAUAACAAACCUCCAUCGCCUUGUCAGCUCAACUAUAUCCUUCAGCCAUCGACAUUCCCAAAUCACCGCAGCCCAAAGAGCAAAGACCCACCCCGUUACGAGGAGGCCGUCAAACAGACCAGAGGCCUACAAGCCACAAUGCAGGUUCCCACUGCUACCAGUCAGCACAUGGACGAUUUGUUUGACGUUUUGAUUGAGAGUGGAGAAAUAUCCCCUCUGGCCAGGCAGGAUCCUUCUCUGGAUAAACUUAUGCCAGUGACGGUAAACAUCACCACCCUGCCCAUCAACACCGUGCUGUCACGUCCUCCUCCGCGAAUACACGUUGCCCGCACGCCCAAUCAGACCCAAGCACCUCCACCCAGCCUGCUGACCCUGGCCUCCGAUAACCAGUUGGAGGUCCUGCUGGAGGACGCUGGGCCGCAGUCCCAGAGACUGAUGGAGGAGCUCAAAAACCAGCUGCUGGAGAGGUCCCACUCCCCAAUGGACACUUCAGAUCUGACCUUCACCGACACACCGCCAUCCACCCUCCAUCUACAAGACACCGGCCUUGAUAACAUGGAGUGGUUGGACCUUACGAUCCCAGGUCCUGCUGGAAUCUCCUCUCCGACUGUCUUUUCAUCGGAUUUCUUGGACUCGACUGAUCUACAGUUGCACUGGGACUGAGCUCACAAAGGGAUCAAGAUUGGAGACUUUCUAAAAAAGAUCUGU